GCCUAAUUUAACUUCUACAGUCAAAUAAAACCCCAAACCCAGAGGUGCUUCGCUCUAUCCUUCGCUAUUCAUAAGACAACCGGCGACCUAAGCAAACGGCCGCGGCGCUACUUUGCGUAUUCGUCUGACAUUUCCUCUUCAACAAACAUCCAAGGUUUAAGUUGGAGUUGAUGGCAUCGAAGUUGCAACAGUUGCAAUCCAAGGCAUGCCAAGCGACAAAGUUUCUGUCUCAGCAUGGAAAUGCCUACUAUAAGCAGUUGUUGGAGCAGAACAAGCAAUAUAUUCAGGAGCCACCCACAGUGGACAAAUGUAACUUGUUGUCGAAACAAUUGUUUUACACACGUCUAGCUAGUAUUCCUGGACGUCGCGAAGCAUUCUGGAAGGAAGUUGAGUAUGUGAAGCAGUUAUGGAAGAACAAGCAGGAUCUGAAGGUUGAGGAUGCGGGCAUUGCUGCUUUAUUCGGACUGGAGUGCUUUGCAUGGUUUUGUGCUGGUGAGAUUGUUGGAAGGGGAUUUACCUUCACCGUUACUAUGUCUGAGGUCAAUUAUUUGGUAAAAUGUUUUUCAAGGAAAAGAAUAUGUAAGCUUCGCAUAUCAUUGUGAUCGAAUAACAGCCACUCUACAUGCAAUUUUUUGUUGUUUCUUCAAAAUUUUUGAAGCUGAGAACUCAGUGGGUAACUUUGGUAGCGACAAUAAUUUUGUAUUUGAAGUGACGACGCACGUUGGCAAAUCUUGCUGUUGUUUUAUCUUCAUCAAAAACUUCUACGACCACCCAUGAUUGAUGAUAAAGCUUGUUUUAUCUAUUUCACUCGAAA